AUGAUGGACUCCGAGGAUGUGCUGGAUCUAUACGACAUUGCUGUCUUACUCAACUAUGAACGGAACACUACGGAACCUCGGCUUCGACACACGAAAUUGAGAGAAGUCGCUUUCCCGGGUACACAACCGAAGACGGUCGCACUCAGCAGUCCAAUCGACCAAGGCUGGAACAACAACGCGUCGACUUGGAUCGUAUUGGAUCAGCAGCAGACCAACGAUCCCGAUGCCCCAGACUUGCCCACGGAAUUCCUACCACCGAACAAACGCAAGGAUAGCGCACUCUCCAACGAGGAACUGGAGACGUUGUUCCACCAAGCACGCAACCACGAUGGCUGCUACCAGGCGAUCAGUCUGCUUCAAAUCUUCUUUGCAUUGUUUUCUGAAGAUGCAAAGUUGAGAGUAAGACAUGCGCCCAAUGGUAAGCAGCCAGGCAUGUCUUAUACGACAACAGUCAGUAGACGUGUCAUUGUCGAAGAGUCCUUCCGUGACCCAAAGUUCACCACUGCUAUCUGCGUACUCCCGGAGGGCGCAAUGUAUGUUAGUGGGCAUCAGCCACAACUUCUGCAUGCGGUCGUAGGUUUCUCUCCGCUCGAUAGCGACACGGUUCAAUCCUUCUUCGAUCUCUCGUCCAUGCAGUUCGGCGAUAUAGGACGCGGACCUGGGCCGAAGGGAAAGCAGCUGUUCGCUCUGGAUACCCCCGAGGAGUUUGCCCUGCGUUUCAGCAUGUUGGCUAAGGGUACAGAUCCUAGCAAGAGCGACCGCACUCUAGCGAUCAGUGGUACACCUGUAGACGAUUGGCUUUGGGAAGUGGCGAUGAGGACGAAAAAGAGGUGGAUGAAUAGAGCGACGGAGAAAUGGUGUGGUCACUGUGGAGCACCAGGUGCCAAAUCCAAGUGUGCUGGAUGCGGCGAGGCGUACUAUUGCGGCAAGGACCAUCAAAAGUUAGCUUGGGGAUAUCAUAAAGGAUAUUGCGGGAAGCCUUGA